AUAUACAUAUAAAUUGUUUUAUAAAAUAUUGAUUUUGAGUAACACUUGGGCGUUUGUAACAAAAAAAAAUUAAUGGCUGGAAGACGGAAACGUGGACGCCCACGUCGCGGCGAAGGACCUGCGCUUGAUGAUAUCGAUGUACUGCUUGCACGUGAAUUUCAACAAAGACCGGCAUUUUAUGAUCGCAAUCACCCUCAAUAUAGGAAUAGAGAUUACUUGGAAGGAAUGUGGAUAGAUAUGGCCGAAAGUGUGGGACAAAAUGUUGCUAUAGUAAAAAAUCGUAUGGUUCAAUUACGAAAUCGUUAUAACUUGGAAAAACGUCGAGUGGAGAUGUUACAGGACCAAUAUAAUGAUCCAAGUAUUACAUCGCAAUGGCCAAUGUAUAAUUAUUUAACAUAUUUAGGUGAUCACAUAAAAGCUCGUCGAUCGUUUACUAAAGAAGUAAUUGUAAGACCAAAAUCGGCACCAUUUUCGAAUUCAAGACCUGUGCGUUUUGCUUAUUGCAGUGAUACUGAUGGAUGCGAUGAAGCGAAUCCUUAUCCACCAACCCCUCCGGUUGCUGCUCCGCCAGAGAGGCAAUUAAGAACAGAUUUAUCCAAUAAUGCAAAUGAGCCAAAUAAUAAUUCAAACUAUCAUGAAAUGAGACCGCCAAGUCUCGACAAACAAAUAGAUAACAUCCCUAAUGUUAAUCCAAACUUGUGCAAGUUUACAGCUUUUGGGCAGUUUUUAACUUCAUCAUUGAUUGAAAUGAAUCAGAAGGACGCUUUGUUGUUGGUAGAGAAGUUCACCACUGAUUUAGUAAAAUCAUUACUACUUGAAACACAUAAUAAAUCACCGGAUGUACAAAUGGAAGUUGUUGUAAAUGGACAUAAUUGAUAAAGAGUAUAUUCUGUUUUUAUUUAUGUAUAUAUGUAAGUUUUGUUUUACUAUUAUAAUUAUGUAUUUCUACGCAUUUCAACUAAUUUUAAUACUUGUCUACUUUCUUCUGGAUUUAGAGUAAAUGAAUAGUAUUAAGGGUACAUCAUAAUAAUAGUUUUUUGCAUGUACAGAAUUGCACCAUAUUUUAGAAAUGAAUAAAAUGGUUAGUUUAUUUUUUAA